CUAGCUAGCUACUGUAACAUUAACACUAAUGACAGUCAGAAGCCUAAUCUGACAGCAAGAUGUACGUGCGUUUACGUGCAGUUAGCUACGCUUGUUUGCUUCCAGUAGCUAUAUACCUAGCUAGUUGCUACAGCAAAAUACUUCAGGUCUUAUACUACAGCUAAGGGGCUUGAAUAGCUGUCUUGCAGUUAACCAGCUAUGCCAAUCAUCAAACAGGGGAUGACAGGUGGACAGUUGCAGCGCUUGCGGCUGCGGACUCAGUGAGUCUGAGUGUCUCUGUGGGCCCAGGAUGGCGCAGGGGGGCCCUCAGCAAGACUAUCACAUCCUGCAAGACCUCAGGCAGCGCUUCCCAGAGAUCCCAGAGGCAGUAGUGUCCCAGUACCUUCUGCAGAACAAUAACAACCUGGAUCUAUGCUGCCACCUGCUGGCCCAGGAGAGUAACAGAUACCUCUAUGGGGAGUUCCACAGUCCAGAAGAAGGGGUCCGUCUGAGCCAGAACCACAUGCUGCACAUCAACGUGGGAGGGAACGCUAAUGGUGGUGGAGCGGGCCGCUCCUUGGUUCACAGCUCCAGUGAUGGGCACAUUGAGCCCCAGCGGUCCAGCUUCCCAGAGCCCCUCUCGGCCCCUGCAGCCCCCUCCCAGGGGUACAACCCCUUCUUCAUGAAUGACCAGGGACGUUCUGCCAGCACCCCUCCGCCUCCUCCCUCCAUGCAGGGCAUGUCACCCUUACCCCGUUACACCAUAAAUCCCAUCACGGUUACACUCUCCCAGAACCUGCCCUCCGCCCCCCUGGCCCUGCAGAUCCCCCCUGGCCCCCCCUGGCCAACCAGUGGAGGAAACGCCCUUUACAUCCGUCCCUCCCCAUCCCAAAGUCCUCAACCCACCCCCUGGCCCUCAGCCGGAGGGUCUGUGUAUCAAUCCUCGCCCUACUCCACCCCCACGUACCCCUCUCCCUACAGCUCACCCCAGCAUCAGGUCCAGCAUCAACCCCCAACCCAGCACCAGAUCCAGCCCCAGCAGCAGUCCUCCCAUGUUUUUCUUCCCAUCAGCCCCCCCACCCUCCCUAGCAUGCCUUACCACCAUCACCACCACCAGCAACAGCAGCAGCCGUACAGGUCCUACCUCUCCAAGAAGAACCAGAUAGAGAUCACUCUGGAGGGCCCGCGUCCGCGCAGCAACUCCCCAGUGCAUGGUCCCCAGGGGACCCUCUACAUGGCCACCAGCCCCUCACCCAGCUCCCCCUCCAGGGGCAUUGCCAUGAGCGGACCCCAAGGGCCCCCAGGUUACCACCCAGGGAUGUACCUGCAGCAUCAGGGGCCAGCGAGGCCCCGGCCAGCCUCCUCGCCCCAGCCUGCACAGUCGGCAUACACCUUCAAGAUCAAAGUAUCCCCCCAGGGGGGCCAGAGGCCUCCGGUCUCCCCGCCCGUGGUCGAUGCAGAGUCCCUGCUGAACAUCGUUGAUCAGGGGGAGCAUCACGCCACGCCCGCACCCAUCCUUCCCAUCUCAGCCCUGCCCAGCAACGUGGCGAGCCACAUCAGCCGCAUGCCCCGCCGCUCCAGCUCCGGCUCGGAUGACUACGCGUACACGCAGGCCCUUCUGCUCCACCAGAGAGCCAGGAUGGAGCGCCUGCUGAAAGAGCUGCUGAUGGAGCGCCAGAAGCUGGAGCAGCUGAAGGCCGAUGUCAACGACAUGGAGUACGAUGCUCUCCAGAGGCGCUUCAGACGAGUCAACAGCACCAGCCUCAUCCCCAGGCCCGAAGAAAUGACCAGAUUGCGCAGUCUGAACAGACAACUUAAGAUAGAUAUCGACUGCACCCUGAAGGAGACGGAUCUGCUGCAGUCUAGAGGGAAGUUUGAUCCAAAAGCAAUGAACAACUUUUAUGACAACAUCCAGCCUGGGCCUGUGGUGCCGCCUAAACCAGGAAAAAAAGAAGGGGAGCAGGGCUCCAAGCCGGCUGUGGGGCCUCAAAGGGACGAAGACUUUGAGGGGCCUCGUUGGAACUGUGAAAGCUGCACCUUCCUCAACCACCCUGCACUCAACCGCUGUGAACAGUGCGAAAUGCCGCGCUACACCUGAGUCCGGCCCCCGUCCUGCCCUCAUCCUCUCUUUCUACCCCAGACCUGGCCCCCUGACAAGGAAACCACCCACAAUGUUUAAAUUCGACACUUGACCUUUCUCUUUGGCCCCACCCUCGCAUGUUCUGUCGACAUGCGUGGAAGCCUUGCCCAGUUCCUGAGGAAGAGGCCGUUUCACCGUGUCUCAUUGAACUCCUCAGAGAAACACUCAUGCACUUUGACCCUUGUCUCCAAGAGACUGUUCCCGCGGCAAUGCAAAAAGGAGUGAGGAGCGGUAGACCGGACAGCGGCUCAAGAACGUUGGGCAGGAGGCGGAGGAUCUGUGGUUUACUGAUGGAACAUUCCCUGCAGAAUGAGACUGCCCUGUUUACAAGACUGAGCCCAUUCCCUAACCCAGUGGAGACCCUUCUUAAAGCGUGACAUCCCCUUUAACCAAGACUGUCACUCAUUCUCAUGAUGGGCCAAUCCAAUGAGAGGCAUGAGAGGGUUUGGCUAACUAAUAUCCAUGUAGACUUUACACUGAAUCAGCUCUUAUGCACAAGAGCUCCUCUCAUUGAUUGAAGAACACUAAAGAGACUUGCAUAUGAAUAUAUUCCUGGUACUUUUAUGCAUAUUAUGCCACACUGUAUUCCAUGUAAAAAGAUUCAAAUUUCCUGUGUAAAUGCCUCAAGUUGCUGUACUUAAUAAAGGAGAUGAUUCUAUGUGA